CAUGACCGAUCUCGGGAAGCACAUGACCCCACAUGACAAGCAGUCAUGUGAUAAGACUUUAAACGUCCUCCUCUUGAAGUAACCAGUUUUUUUUUUGUCUGUACACUGUGUUGACUACGGUUGCGUUCGCGUCUAAGACGGCAUACGUCUGCAUUUAUCGAAUGAAGCUCCGUUACAAGAGUGAAAAUCUAAAACUACGUUUGGGAAAAAGUCUUGCUUUUGGAAGGUGCGAUGUCUGUCGAGAAGCUGCAGCGUUAUCGAGAGCAGAUGCGCACAGAGCUGGACAAAGUGGUGGACUUCUGGCAGAAAUACUCUCAUGACACACAAUAUGGUGGAUUUUUCACUUGUAUAGGGAAAGAUGGAAAAAUCUACGAUGAGCUGAAAUAUGUCUGGUUGCAGGGGAGACAGGUGUGGAUGUAUUGCCGCCUAUACAGGACAAUGGAGCGCUUCAACAAGCCUGAGAUCCUGGAAGCCGCCAAAUCUGGAGGUGCAUUCUUGCGACGCUUCGCUCGCAUUCCCAAUAGUGGCAGCCCAUGGAAGUGUGCCUUUUGUUUGACCAGGGACGGUAAAGCCCUGAAAGUGCAGAGGACCAUCUUCAGCGAGUGUUUCUAUGUCAUGGCCAUGGAUGAGCUGGCUAGGGUCACAGGAGACAAAGACAUGCAGGCGGAAGCAGCACAAAUGAUGGACCAGCUGGUCCACUGGGUAAGGGUGGACCCAUCAGGCCUGGGCAAGCCCCAGCUUUCUGGAGACACCCCGGUCUGCAGCAUGGCUGUCCCCAUGAUGCUGCUGUGUCUGGUGCAGCAGCUCACGGAGGCCCGCAGCGGGGAGGAGGUAGACAAGUACAGGGAGGUUGGAGGCUGGUGCGUAAAGCAGAUCCUCCAACACCUUCAGAGAGGUGGUACGGCCAUUUUGGAAAGUGUCUCAUCAGAAGGAAAGGAACUUCCUGGUUGCGAGGGGCGACUGCAAAACCCAGGCCAUGCACUGGAAGCAGGCUGGUUCCUGCUUCAGUACGGUUUGGAGAAUGGGGACCAGGAGCUCCAAAGGACAGCGGUGGACAAGUUCAUGGAGAUCCCCUUUCUGACAGGCUGGGACAAGGAGCACGGAGGGCUCCUCUACUUCCUGGAUGUGGACGGUUACUGCCCCACACAGUUGGAGUGGAGUAUGAAACUAUGGUGGCCGCACUGUGAGGCUCUCAUCGCAUACCUGAUGGCCUACAGCCAUACCAAAGAGCCAGCCCUGCUGGACCGAUUCUCUCAAGUGUACGACUACACCUUCAGCCAUUUUUCUGAUGCUGAGAACGGCGAGUGGUUUGGAUAUUUGACCCAGCAAGGGAAAGUGACACUGGAUUUUAAAGGAGGGCCUUUCAAAGGUUUCUUCCAUGUGCCUCGGUGCCUUUAUAUGUGCGAGAAAAUCCUGGACUCUAUACUGAACAAACAGGAAACCUGAGGUCACCAACUAGCAUGACCUGGACAAUGUAAUUUUAUAAUCAUUAUUUACACUGAGUAUACAAAACAUUAAGAACAACUUCCUAAUAUUGAGUUUCAUUUCCCCCUUUUGCCCUUAUAACAGCCUCAAUUCGUCAGGGCAUGGACUCAACAAGGUGUCGAAAGCGUUCCACAGGGAUUCUGACCAAUGUUGACUCCAAUGCGUACCACAGUUGUCUUGUUGGCUGGAUGUCCUUUGGGUGGUGGACCAUUCUUGACACACACGGGAAACUGUUGAGUGUGAAAAACCCAGCAGCGUUAAAGUUCUUGACACAAACAAUAUCCCGUUCAAAGACACUCACCCUUUGAUUAGCACACAUACACAAUCCUUGUCUCAAUUGUUUCAAUGCUUAAACAUUCUUCUUUAACCCGUCUCCUCCCCUUCAUCUACACUGAUUGAAGUGGAUUUAGCAAGUGCCAUCAAAAAGGAAGCAUUGCGUUCACCUGGUCAGUCUCAUGGAAAUGUUUUAUAGACUCAGUGUAGACAAUAUUGGACAAUGUUGUCAAUUUUCUGAGAUUCUGGAAACAGUUUUGAAAGCAAAAUUGCAGAUUACUGCAUAUGUUCUUAAAGUGAAGAUCGCCUACAUUUUAUUAGUAACAGUGAAGGGGAAAGAAAAUGGCUAUAGAAAUAGGGGACACACACUGCAAAGUUUUGUACUAAGAUGAUUACAUCAGCUCAACUGUUUGUUGUGUUAACUGUGUGUUGUAAGCCUAUAUGUUUGGCAUCUUGAAAUAUGAAACACAAUUUAAUAAAUUAAUUAAAUCAUAACAAUAUUUCCUUUAUUUGCCUAUCAUGUAAGGUCAAUAUAAAGGUGACCCAAAAUCACUUGGUUAUUUACCAUAGAGAAUAUUGCAAAAAGUUGUUAUUGUGUGUCAAAGCCUGUAGGCCGGAAAGACAGAACAUGACCAUCUAUAACAUUAUUGUCAGGAGGUCGUGUACCGGUGUGCAGCUCUGCAUCUCUCACCAAGAGAAGCUUAGACUAAUUUCACAAUGAUGGCAACAAGGCUCUUGCUUAAUUUGAAUUAGUGUUUGAAACUUAAAAUCAUUUGAACUUUGAGCGCAGCAAGCAGCACCACAAAAAUGCCCCAGAACCCUUUAAGACCCAAGACAACUUGUUGUAGCUGUUCUAUGAUAAAUGUAUCACAUGUAAAUUGAGCUUUCAUGAUCCAUAACCUAAUUAAUAUUUUACUAUGUAUACUGUAGUUAUAUUAUGAUUUUCUUUCAAAUUUUUCAUUUGGUAUGUGGUAUGUUCAUUUCAUUUGUAGUGCUUUUUUUUAAGUCUAGCACCUGUAUAGUUAUAAGGAAAUAACAAUUUACAGUAACUCAUGUCUAGUCAAUGAUUAAAUGAACCUACAUGCAGCCAAA